UGUUCCUUACUCAUUCCUCGCCAGAUCCUCGCUGUGGUAUCACAGAUGACUCUGACAGAUUCCGAUACCUGCCGCCGCAUCAGCUGAUAGACCCCACAGGGCACAUCUCUUGGACUCAUUCCGCUGACGGUGUGAAGUGACGGCGCAAACAACGUGCGAUUUCGAAAUUAGCACCAGUGAAAGUGUGAUUGUUCGCCGGAUUACCAAGUGAUUAGUGCCGAAUUGUCAAACUGGACUGGAUGUGCUGGUAGUGUUUGGUGUGAGGGACCCUGGGAGAGCUCGUUUGGUGCGUCCGGCGUCGCGGCCCGAUUUGCUUGAAGCUUUUGUCAUUUCCAAAUUCCCGAUACCAAGACAGAAACCCAGCCAUGAAUAUGAAUUAUAUGAAUCAAACGUGUAAAGUAUGUGGCGAGCCAGCAGCUGGGUUUCAUUUCGGUGCCUUUACCUGUGAAGGAUGCAAGUCAUUCUUUGGAAGAUCAUACAACAACCUGAGCUCCAUCUCCGAGUGCAAGAACAACGGCGAGUGCAUCAUCAACAAGAAGAACCGGACAGCCUGUAAAGCGUGCCGCCUCCGCAAGUGCCUCCUAGUGGGAAUGUCCAAGAGCGGAUCACGCUAUGGUCGCCGCUCCAACUGGUUCAAAAUCCACUGUCUCCUCCAGGAGCAGCAGCAGCAACAACAACAAGCCGGUUUGAACAUGCAACAGGGCAUAAAACCCCCACAGAAGACGCCACCACUCCACCACCAACCGCUGGGGAUGGGUUUGCUCGGAGUCAACGGCUUUCCUCCGCCUCUCCUGCACUUACCCAAGACCAAGGAGGAGCUCAUGCUGCUAGGCCUUGAUGAAUACAAAAACUCAGCUUCCCCUUCGGUCAGCUCCCCUGAAUCCCACAAUUCCGAUUCGUCUGUUGAAGUCAGUGAUGCAAGGAGGUUACCGUUGUUUCCAGGACUAUUACCCCCGACCUUCCUCCCACCCCCAGGUCUGUUGUUCCCUCCAGGUUACCCUCCCUUAUACCCCGGGUUGCUCCAACCCGCCAACAACAACAACAGAUUGAUGAGAAACCACAACCCCGGCGUGGAAGCCUUCAACAAAAGAGUGUUCCUAGAUGCCGUUUUGCAGUCACAGCGAUCCCCAACUCCCGAGGAAGUAGAGACGCCGGUCCCCGCCGUGUCUCCCAUCCAAGAGGAUCCCAUCGACCUUUCCAUGAAAACCGCUAGCGAGAGGGGGUCUUCCCCGGCGCACAGCGACCGAUCCGGAAGCGUCGUCACCGAGAGGGGCAACGGGAGCGAGGCGGACGAGGAGAGCGACUGCGAGUCCGAGAAGGAGCUGAAAAGGAUAAAGAUCCUGCGGCCCACUCCGCUGGACCUCACGACGAAGGUGUGACUGGCAGCGGCCUGACCACCACUGUGUUCUCCGGGGUACCUGGUGCGUCGUGACUCGCAGAGAUGCAUUACACAUCACAAAGGCGGCUGUGCGCGUCUCACGCAGGGUAAUGAGCUUGCACAUAACAUCAGACGUGCCGAUCAUGCCGUCCGGGACGAUUCCGAGGUGUUUGCUAUGAAUGCGCGACGGCAACGCGGAAUUUUUAUUGUCGAUCGAUCGAUCGCAGCGAAAGUUAAUUGUUGGGUAUUGUCUUAGGAGACGUUGAUCUAGAUCGAAGUUGGACAGCUGCACCUCUGUCCAAAAGCAAUGCCGCUGGAUGUGGCCGAGGAUGACUUAGGGCCUCCAUCAACGUUUCGUGAUUGUCAGAUACAAGGUGUCCCGAAAAUAUCAAACCACUACGAACCGAAACAAUUUUUGUUGCACGUUCCACGUCCAAUCACCGAACUUCACCACCUCCAAAAGUGUGCUUGUAUUUAAAGAAAGCUAUUGUUGUUGCUACGUCUGUGAUAUUUCUGUCUACCAUUGUGAUCUGUCACUUAACAAAAGUUCAUUUGCCAACACAGACAGCCUGUAAUAAACAACAUCAAAAUACAGAAUGUAGUUUUUCAUUUAACCAUAGGCAAUCCUCCGCAAUUUCUUACAGGUCUUUGGACCAGUAUAGAUGAGUUCUAUGAACCCCAAUGCAACUUUUCUUGUUAUAUUAUGACAAAUUUACCAUCGCCCAAAUUUGUGAUCUGUUUCGAACAAAAGGACUUGUUUCUCUGAAUACGGAAAGGUACUCUGUUCAUCAAAUUUUUAGUAUUGUAAAAAGAGAUAGUUUUUAAUGAGCUUUCUGCGAGACAAUAUGAUUGUUUUAGUUAAAAUUUCUUGUAAAUACGCCCGUGUACAUAGUAUUUAAAUUAUAUUAAACUGUAAAAAUUGUCUAGUGAUAAAUGCUCCGUUUUUUUACGAGAAUGAUGUAGGCCAGUAUGUAUCUAAGAUAAGCUUUCCUAAACGAUUUGUUAGUUAAUGUACAUAUGAACUACUUUUCUAUCAAGCAGUGCAAUGUUGAGAUCUGUUUUUAAUUUAUUUAUAAAUAGCCGGUUCUUCUUUUCCGGCGUUGUAGUUAGCGAAUAUUGUUAUGCGUUUCUGUAAUUAUAUCUUUAAAGAGACCCAGUUCCUGGGCAACUAUAAGUUGGGCAUUUUUUAUUCGAAUUGUAAAUGUAUUUUAUUUUAUAUGUUUUGUUAAUAUUGUGUGCGUUCUGAUAGCUAUCCUGUCUGAAAAUAGGGGACUAGGGCCAGUUGUGCGUGCGCGUGUGUUUGAUGAAUGCCUGCGUACAGUUCGUGUUGUAAUAAAACAAAAUAAAAAUAUAAUUGCGACCCCACGAAUUUUAUUCCCCACCCCCCAAC